UACUUUUAUUUUGCUGUGUUUUCUCUGUGAUCAUCAUUUUCCCAUCAACUUCUCAGGGGAGGGCAGAGAAGCCAUGGUUGCAGAGAAUGAUGACAUGCCAAUUGGAUGGCCACUUGGGCUUGGCUUCUUGAGUAUGAGACUUAGGAUUGUGGAUUCCCUUCCAGGAGCUUCAGUGGUACCAUACCAAUUGGACGUGCCAUCCACCAGUUUCUCUUCAUUUUCAUCCUCUAACCUUGAUACUGAGUCGACGGCAUCAUUCUUCCAAGACAACAGUGUAUCGCUUGCGCAGCUAAUUGGAAUUAGAGCAGGUGACAGAGGACGCUUGUACUUCCCAAACUCAUUAAAGUUUGAAGAGAGGGAGAAGAAAUUAACAAAAGGUUCUACUUCUAAUGCCUCUAAAGUACAAGGAGUGGAUAUGUCUCGAGUUGUUUGCAUACCCAUGCUACUUGAUACCUUUCUAAAGAUUAGAAAGAGUAAGAAGAGCUCAAGGAACUAGUUACGUGGUUGUACCGUUCACAGUGUAUGAAUUCUUAAUUCUGUUGUUGCUCAUAGUCAAAAUUCACCAAUGAUUUCGAGUUAUUUCUACCAGUUUUUCUUACAAGA